CCCGCACACCAAUCAGUGCCAUCAGCUCCAGCUCACCAGCUCGCUCGGCUUUGAGCUUAUCAACAUCAGCUGUUAAUGUCCCGUGUCGUUCGUUAGGUUUCUGUGUCAUUUACGAAAAAAAAACCGAAAUAAAGUAAUAAUAAUAUUAAUUUCUUCGGAAUAACUUAUCAACAUUCCAAUUUACGUAAUUUUGCGUCAUAUUCCAAACAAGUCUUAAAAUCUAUCGUACAGGCAACAAUGUCAAUUGCUCAGGAUCGUCCGGAGCUCUACGAAGAAGUGAAGUUAUUCAAAAAUGCAAGAGAGCGUGAAAAGCAUGAUAAUCAAGCGGAUUUGUAUGCAGUUGUUAAUACCCUACAACACUUGGAAAAAGCUUACAUCCGAGAUUGCGUUACUCCCAAAGAAUAUACCGCAGCUUGCAGCAAGUUGCUGGUUCAGUACAGAGCUGCGUUCAAACAGGUUCAAAGCGAUCAGUUUCCCACGAUAGACGCUUUUGCGCGAGCGUUCAGGCUCGAUUGUCCAGCAGCUCUGGAGAGAAUUAAGGAGGACAGACCAAUAACGAUAAAGGAUGACAAAGGGAAUACAUCGAAGUGUAUCGCAGAUAUCGUUUCGCUCUUCAUAACGCUCAUGGACAAACUCCGACUGGACAUAAAAGCGAUGGACGAGCUUCACCCGGAUCUGCGUGACCUCGUGGACACGAUGAAUCGACUGAGUAUACUUCCAAGUGAUUUUGACGGUCGAAAAAGAGUUGCUGACUGGCUUCAAACUCUCAGCAGCAUGUCCGCUUCCGAUGAAUUGUCAGACGCCCAAGUUAGACAAUUGCUUUUCGAGCUCGAGACGUCGUACAACGAGUUCAACAAAGUUCUUCAUAAUUCUUGAACUAAAAAAAGAAAAAAAAACGAAAAAACUCGUCGCUCCGACGAGGAAAAUCGAUUCUGCUGGCCAUCCCAAGAGACUUUCCAUCCGGGGUCACUAACAACGUUAUCCUUUAAUACGAACUGCUUGUACAUUAGACGAAUAAAGUUAUUAAUAUAGUUUUC